GGUAUGGUAGGGUUACGCCCAUCAGCCCAGAUACAUGGGCACGUAAAAUGGUACCAUAGCUAAUGACGUAUCAGGAACGCCUUUCAGCUAUUUUCCCAUUCAACUUGCAGUUCCUCCCAAUAAUACCCAUGAUCCAUAGUUCACCAUGAUCUGGGGAUACUGCUGUCGAAAUCUUCAUCGUAUCGUCUACAAGCCACAAAUAAGCUACCCAAUGUGGAGCCCCCUUGACCCAUAGCCGUGCCUAAGGCGAUAAAGCUGGCUUUUCUCAUUAGGCAACUCAAAUAACAACAGGACGGUAGUGGCUAAAGGCCGAAAAAGUAACUAAAUCAGAACCAACAUCCAAAAGGAAACUCCAUAUUAGGCUAGCACGAUCUAACCAACAACGCUUCCGCUGAAGAUCUACCAUUGAGACAUGCUUAAAUAUAUGGUUAUUUCGUAUCUAGUUCCUCGGUAACCCCUCUAGGCCACGCGAGUCUAAACUUGGAAAUAAGCCGUAGACGUCGCAUGUGAAAGAAUAAUGAUGCGUUCGUGGGGGGUAUUUAGUAGGUCGUAGUUCGAUCGUAGCUAAGGCUCCGGUUCUCCAGGUUUUCUUCCCCCUUUCAACUAGGCGUUUUCAGCUGCCCCUCACUAGGUACUAAUGGCCGUCACGCAUCAUCUCGCAGCUCCCAUCGCUACCCAGCUUCCUGAGCUUAAGCCCGAUACUUACUUUUCGGAGACGCAAUGGAAGGUCUUAUUCGCGUUGAUUGACGCCAUCGUACCGUCAAUUGUUGCUGAGUCGAGGGUGACGGAUCGGAAAACCCAACUAAGCAUCCCUGAUUCUCAAUAUAAGGAAGCGCAUGAAAAGACUAUGAAAUGUAUGAUACACCCUCCGGACUAUGAGGAUUUCCAACAGUACCUCGAAGCCCGCUCGAUAGACAACCCACGCUUUGUACAACUAGUCAAACGUAACGUUCAAGAGGUUUCGAAUACCGAUCGUAAGAAACUGGGUGUUAUCUUAAAUAUCAUAUCAACUCGGUUAGGCAGCCUAGCGGCGUCAGGUCAAUUCACUCUCUUACAUGAGCAACCAGUCCACAUCAGAGAAGCCGUGAUUCAAUCAUGGGGGAAAUCGUGGAUUAACGUAUGGCCAAGUUUGAAAAAGGCUGUCCUUUUGGUGGGUAGGGUGGGCUAUGCGACGACGAAUCCCCUAUUUCACAAACUCAUCGAUUUCAAAGACUCCCCUGAGGACUACCGACCCGGCCCCUCUUUCGACUUCGACUUUAUGCAAUUUGAGGCGGGAGAUGAGCUGGAAACAGUGGAAACAGACGUUGUAGUUGUUGGGUCAGGCUGUGGUGGAGGUGUAUGCGCCAAAGCUCUCGCCGAGGCGGGGCAUAGAGUCAUUGUCGUCGACAAGGGUUACCAUUUUCCAACUUCGCAUUUACCGAUGACAUCCGAAGCUGCUAACCAGUAUCUCUUCGAUGGAAACGGGUCAAUUCAGAGCGCAGAUGGUUCGAUAAUCGUGUUUGUGAGUAGCUGCUGGGGAGGAGGGGGAACUGUGAAUUGGAGUUGUAGCCUUCAACUUCAGGGGUACGUUCGGCAAGAAUGGGCAGAUGAAGGACUCGGCUUAUUCACUACGCAAGAGUUCCAGAACUGCUUGGAUCGAGUUUGUGAAUUUAUGGGUGUUAGCGAUGCUCAUAUACGGCACAACCAUGGGUCCAAACUUAUCCUUGGCGGAUCAAGGAAACUAGGAUAUGCGGCCAAAACGUGCCCUCAGAAUACUGGAGGAGCCGAGCAUUACUGUGGUCGUUGUGGAAGCGGUUGUGGAGCUGGUGAAAAGCAGGGCCCUGCCGUGAGCUGGCUUCCUGCAGCAGCAAAGGCGGGCGCCAACUUCAUUGAAGGUUUUGACGCCUCCAAGGUCCUUUUCAAAGAGGCUCGAGGGCCCAAGCAAGCAACUGGAAUCAUAGGAACAUGGACAUCGCGGAGUAAAGACGGAAGUCUUCACGCCCCCGAAUCCGAUAGGAUCCAGAGGAAACUUCAAAUAAAGGCGAAAAAAGUAAUCAUAGCCUGUGGCACGGUUAAUAGCCCGUUAGUAUUGAUGAGGAGUGGACUAAAGAACCACCAUAUUGGCAGGAAUCUCCACAUGCAUCCGGUAUCUCAACUCAACGCUUCAUUUGACGAGGAUGUUAAAGGUUGGGAAGGUAGCAUAUUGACGGGCAUCUGCACAAAUUUCGAAAACCUUGAUGGAAAAGGACAUGGUCCAAAACUCAUGCCCACUAAUAUGAAUCCAUUUAUGUUCUUAUACGAACAUCCGUGGCGAAACGCUCUCCAGUGGAAAACUGAUGCUCUUCGCUGCCGGCAGAUGAAUAGUUACCUUUCUCUUACCCGUGAUCGUGACACUGGCCGUGUAUAUCCGGAUCCGGACGACGGGCGACCCAUCAUUGAUUAUCAUCCAUCGGCAUUCGACCGGAAACACAUAUUAGCUGGCAUCAUCGCGCUCGCGAAAAUAUGCUAUAUUGAAGGCGCGACCGAAAUUUGGCCGUUCAUUCAAAGUCUCCCCUCGUUCGUGCGUCAACCUAAGACUGCAAACGGCACAGCGACAACAGGGUCAGAAAACAUCGAUAUUGACCAAGGUAUCAAUGACCCAGAGUUCGUCGCAUGGAUAAAGAAGCUUCAAAAGACAGGGAUUCAAUUCCCAGAUGCUUCUUUCGCUUCAGCACAUCAAAUGGGUACGUGCCGCAUGAGUGCGCGCCCGUCCGAUGGUGUCGUGGACGCUAAGGGUGAGGUAUGGGGAACACAAGGCCUGUACGUGGCCGAUGCCAGUGUCUUUCCAUCUGCAAGCGGUGCCAAUCCUAUGGUUACGAUUAUGGCUAUUGCAGAUUGGAUCGCUCGAGGUAUCUCGCGUGACUUGAAAAAGUGACGUCGGUUCGGCGCCUCUUAGCGAAGUGGCUGUCCUUUACAGGGGAUUGCGAAUUUCCAACAGCGCGCCAAACGAGCACCC